GUUUAGCAUGCACUUAAAUAACUUAAUCUACGUAUCCAGUUUAUGUCUUACCGAGUACCAAUAGUACUUUAAACAUGUCGGUCGGCGUGCACUGGUAUAGGCAUGGGUUACGGCUACACGAUAAUCCGGCUUUGGUAGAAGCGGCAAAAAGGAGCAGCAAGCUCAUCAUUAUUUUCAUAUUCGACAGCAUAAACGAAGAUCCCGAGCUAACCGGAUACAACCGUAUGCGUUUCCUACUGGAAAGUUUGAAGGAUUUAGAUGAAAAUUUAAAAUCGAACGGCGGACGUUUGUACAUUUUGCAAGGUAAUGCCGUGACGAUUUUCAAAAUAAUACAACAAGAGAUCGGUCUGGACUUGAUAACAUUCGAACAGGAUUGCGAACCCAUUUGGAAGAGUCGAGACGAAUCGGUCAAGGCGUUUUGCGAGCAAAACAAUAUCGAAUGGAUUGAAAAGGUUUCUCACACGUUAUGGGACCCGAAACUGAUCAUCGAAAGAAACGGUGGGACUCCGCCAUUGACUUUUGAAAAUUUUCAAAUAGUUGUAAGCAGAAUUGGUCAACCCCCGAUACCCGUGCGCGAUGUCGAUUGGUCAUCGGUUAAUUUCCAGACACUCUCGUCGAACAUUUUGGACCAAUUUAAUAAGGAACUAAAAGAUCUAACGCCGGAGUACUUUAAUAUGUAUCCGGAAAUACCGGAGGUGCGUAAUCCGUAUAACCGUUGGUACGGGGGCGAAACUAAGGCUUUAGAGCAACUACAGAACCGUCUGGAAGUCGAAACAGACUCGUUCAUCCAAGGGUUUUACUUGCCAAACCAAGUCGUUCCCGAACUGUUGGUGCCACCGUCCAGUAUGAGCGCCGCUAUACGCUUGGGAUGUGUCUCGAUCAGGAAAUUCUACUGGGAGUUGUCGAAUCGGUUCACGCAGUCGUUCGAAACAAACUUGCUGCCCCAAUACAGCGCCACCAGUCAGCUGAUCUGGAGGGAUUACUUCUACGUCAUGUCGGUGAACAACGACAAUUUCAACAAAGUAGAAGAAAAUCCGGCUUGUAUAGCUAUAAAGUGGAAUGACUUGGACCAAGGCGACAACCGAAAGCUUUUGGAUUGCUGGAAAAACGGUAAAACCGGAUAUCCGUUUGUCGACGCCGGGAUGAGACAAUUAAUGCAGGAAGGAUGGAUACAUCAUGCGGUGAGGAACGCGGUGGCGUGUUUUUUGACUCGAGGAGAUCUCUGGAUAAGUUGGACCGAAGGGUUGAAACACUUUUUGAAGUAUUUACUGGACGCUGAUUGGGCGGUUUGCUCGGGAAAUUGGAUUUGGGUUUCCAGUUCGACCUUUGAACAGCUGUUGGACUGUCCUAUGUGCGUGUGCCCGGUCAACAAUGGUAUGCGAUUGGACCCAUUGGGCGAGUACAUAAGGCAAUACGUUCCCGAGCUGAGAGGAUUACCCGGCCGUUACUUGUACGAACCGUGGAAGUGUCCCAAAGAAAUCCAAGAACAAGUCGGUUGCGUUAUUGGCACACAUUAUCCUGAACGUUGCGUCAACCAUCAAAAAGUGUCGAGCGAAAACAGAAAAAAAAUGCAAAAACUAAGAUUUUCAUUGAUGAACGAAGGCCCCGUGCCACACUGUCGUCCGGCGAACGCGGCUGAAGUGCAAAAGUUCAUGUGCUUGAGCAACAGUUGUAUGCAAGAAUUGAUGGCAGACUUACACAGCGCGUACACCGGCAUGCUAUAUUAAAAUUCUCAUACGAGUCUUUCGUGUUUUGGUUAGGUUAGGUUAGAUUAGGUUUCGGUACAACUAUCGCCACCAAAACAAUACCGUACUUAAAUGUUUAAGUGACUUAGACACCCAGCAAAAGUCUAGUUAGUCUUAUAGUUAUAAUAAGUAUACAUGCACGUAUCUCAAUAGUAGUAACCAUUUUAGUUUAUGCAGUUAGUGUUAGUUUUUUUUUUAAAUAAAAAAUUCGCUUAU